CUUGUAUCCUGAUAUAAUUUUCGUGCAUGCAUAUAUUGAUUUUGAAAUGUCUGAAGCUGAAUUUGAGAGAACUAUGGCAUUUUAUGAGAGGCUUUUGAACCGUACAAAACGCUUGAAGUUGUGUGAAUUAAUUACGUCAAAUUUGAGGCAUCUGCUAUAUAUGGAAGAGGGACUUCAAGAAUCUCCUCUUCCUUCUCAGUAUGUGUUGAGGGUCAUAUUUUCGGCUGCAUUUUCGUUCAAGCUUAUUCGGAUUAGUUUAUUGAUUUCGAGCCAACCACUCUCCCCAUCUUUCUCUGCCAUUUUUCGAACCCUUCAUCUGUUUUACUUAUUUUUCAAAAUGGGCUGCGACGAGAGCAUGAAAAUCGAAAUCGAAAACCUCACCCGAGAGCGCGACGCCGCGAGGAAGGAGGCGCGAGCUCUGGAGCAGACCCUGGCCGCUAAGGAGCUCGAAAGAUUGAAUCUUGACGAGAAUCUGCGCAGAUGCCGGAGGAAUUGCGAGGAUCUUCAGGAGACGGUGGCUCGCCUGGUCGAGGAGAAUAAGGUUUCGGGCGACCGUGAAAAACGGGCAGAGGAGCGAUGCGAGAGAAUCGCCGCCGAGAAUCAGAAAAUAGCAUCGGAAAGGAACGCCCUUUUUUCCGAGCUGAGCGCGAAAAUCAGAGAGCUCAAAGAUAAGAACUUGGAAGCCGAUUGUCUGGUGGGAGUUUACCAGGAGAAAUGCAGGUGCUUGGAGAACGAUGCUGAGAAAAUGAGCCAAGAAAUUGAGAGGUUGAAGGGUGAAAUUCUUGAGGCGAAUAAGAUUGUUGAUAGCUUGGGGUCAAUGAAAAUGGAGUCGGAGAAGGCGGCCGAGCUGUACAAGAGCCGGCUCGAGAAUCUUUCUCCGAGAAUCAGUAGGAUCGAGGAGGAUAUAGCCGUUAUGCUGACGGUGAAAGUGGGUGAUCUUGCUGGUUUAUCGCACAACUUGGGAAGUUUUUUUGUCGAGGGUGAUGGGGGGAAUUUGAACUUACUGGAUUGUUGGGGCAAAUGUGAUAUUUCGGGGAAUGGCAGCACGCCGGAGGAUGCAGAAGCUGUUGUUUUAGGCGAAUUAAAUUCAACCGUGGGUGAAAAUUGCAUGAAUUUUUUGGAGAGUCAAUCUUCUAUCAGCAAGAGAAGCAAGCGAACCCAAACAGAUUGCACGGAUGAUCAUCUAAUUGCAAGUUGGUCUACUAAAAGGAGAAGGAACAAAUGCACAGGCAAUGGGGAUAAUGUCUCGAUUAAUGAGAAGGAAAAAGAAGUUUCCGGAUUGACUCAUGAUAAAAUGAGUGGAGAAUGGACGUGCGAAGCCGACAUGUUGCGUGCCUUUCGAGAGGACGAACAGCUCUGCAUGAAUGCUGUGUGUGCCCUUUAUAGACAACAAACAAAAUCUAAAGGAUGUUCGAAUUCGUCUGGAAAUGGAGUAUUCAGUCCUGUUGAUUUAUUCAGUGGAUCUUCUCUGGCUGAGUAUCUAAUUGAUGGCGAUAAGGAGCUGAGGCUAAAGAAAUCGGCCUCGGAAGUGAAAAAAAUACGUCCUCAGGCAAUCAACCAAUGCAGAAAGCUUGCCACUAUAUAUGUCGAGAAGCUCUUUGCUAUUUAUCGCUCAGGGGAGGAUCCUCUGUUUGGCCAGUGA